AUGUCUCCGCCUUCGAUAAGCGAAACCAAUGAUAUGUUACUGUUGUCACCCCCAUUGACGCCCACUGAUCGCAUGGAUAAGAGCUGUCCAUGGAAGCAGGCCAAUACAACGUCAUGGAUGUCAUAUCAAAAUUGUUCAACCAAGCAUGACUCUAAUAGAACAAAUAGGAUGGCGCAUGAUCAACAACAUGAUCAUCCAGUAGCACCUGUUGUUAUUAAAAAGUUACAGUCUGACAGGACAAAACGCAACAAGUCAUUUAUUCAGUCUUAUCGUCGUUAUCAUCCCAUGCAGCCUUCUUUUACCUCUACUCAAAUGGCCCCACCACCUAAACGGUGCGUUCGCAAAUCCACAAAAGCUUAUCGAUCCCCGGCCAUUGAUAACAAUUCAUUGAACAUUUUUGCUUUGGACAUUUACGAAAGCUUACUGCGAGAGCCCCAUCAGCUUGUUCGCUCCGUCAUACCAUCACCUCCGCAGCCGAAAUUGACGACAACCGUGACGAAUGACUCAGCCGACACUGCCCAGCCAUUGACUCGCAAGGAAAAGUCUCAGCUAGCCAAUGCUGCUUCGUAUGACGCCAUGGACAUAGAGAACGAUGAAUCCACUGUAUUUUCCCAUGAAUGGAUACCCAACCUAGAUGCUCUGGAUCACAAGCAUAUAAAGAUCGUUUGGAAAGGGGCACCACUCAAGAUCAGCCACCUUCCAAUGUAUAACAAACUCCACGCUACGGAGGCCACCAUUGCGUCGACCUUACGAUUGACGCCUGUACAGUAUAUCCGAUGCAAACGCACGUUGAUUCGAGCUGCAAGUGAAUAUGAGAGACAUGGUACUCCGUUUCGAAAGUCGGAUGCUCAGAAAUUAUGCCGAGUUGAUGUCAACAAAACAAGUAGCCUGUGGUCUAUCUUUGGUGAGCUAGGCUGGCUUGGCCAAACAUGGCCCAAUUGA